CCCUACCCGUUAAAUCCACCUGUUGUACCACCUACACCAGAGAAACCCCGACGGACCUGAGACCUGAGGCUGGGAUCACUACAGCAACAUGGGAGGUAUGUACUCCAAUGAAAAGAUGGCAGGAGCGUUCUCAUACGAGAGUUCAGAAAUCGACUGGUGUGAAGACAACUACAGACACUCAGAGCACGUGGUCGAGUACUUCAACACUAUGAGCAGCUUUUUUUUCUUCAUCAUAUCUCCCAUCAUGCUCUACCUCCUGCACCCAUAUGCCAAAGAGAGGAACCUGGCUAUUCACCUGGUCUGGAUCAUGAUGAUGUUUGUAGGACUCUUCUCUGCAUACUUCCACAUGACUCUGAGUUUUGUCGGUCAGAUGCUGGACGAGCUGUCCAUCCUGUGGGUGUUGGCAAUGGGAUAUUCUGUCUGGUUCCCCCGCAGGCUCUUCCCUUCUUUCAUAAAAGACAGGUCCACAUUUGCGAGCCUUGUGGUGGUGAUUACGGUGAUCACUACACUCUCAUCGUUUGUCAAACCUACAGCCAACGCCUACGCUCUGAACUGCUUCGGCCUCCACCUGCUGUACGUCCUGGCUAUCGAGAUGAAAAGCUGCAAUGACCAGAAGGUUCUGCGAUUGGCAAAGCUGUCGGUGGCUCUGUGGGUGCUCGCCAUCACCUGCUGGAUUAGUGACCGCUUUGGCUGCAGCUUCUGGCAGAGGCUGAACUUCUGCUACCUGCACGGGUUCUGGCACAUCCUGAUUGUGAUGGCUGUGGCCUACGGCAGCACCUUGAUAGCAUACCUGGAUGCCAACUAUGAGAUCCCGUACUCUCUGCCUGGACUCCAGUACUGGCCCUGUGAUACAUGGGCUGUUGGACUACCUCACAUCGUCCUGAGGGGCACGCCCAAAACACAGAAACGGUGUUAACAAGUCAUUACUAACCGUGACAGAACAUUUAUUUCAUUACACUUCAUUAGUACUGUAGUUCAGAGAGAGCAAAUCACCAAGAGGAGUUCAUCUGGUGACGUUUUACUCACCUCCAUCUUCUUACCUCAGAGACACGAUCAUGACCUGAAAGAGUGGCCUCACCGCAAAAUGAUGUGCUUCAACUCUCAAAUUAGUUUCAAGUCUUUUUAUACAUUCAACACUAAACUACUAAAGUUAACUUCCUGUUGUAUUCUGAUCUUGUUCAAAGGUAUGAGUGUGUUACUAAAUGGUCCUCUGAGCCUAAAGGUCAGCUCAUGCUUUCACACAAGUUGCUCAUAAGACCUGUUGUCAUUGCACAUCAGAACAUCAAUGUGUUUAUUUCUUGUUUUGAAUCUUUAUUUUGAAAGGCAAAGCAAAAAGAGACAGGAAGUUGUUAAAUAUCAGGUUAUGGUGCUCAUUUUAAGACAAAAAGGUGUCCUCAAGAAAACACCUUUACAGUGAGGGAAUCAAACUGACUGUAAAAUAUCACACCCCUUAUCAUAAACGUGAUAAGUCCUUUAGGUUUCUGUCCCAGCCUUUUCACCAAAUUUCACCAUCAACACAAUAAUAAUCAAUGACUGAGAAAAGCAGAGUGUGUGUUUUUAAGAGUUAUGUUUUUGUACAUAAGGAUGGAUGCAUGUUUUAUUAAGUUUAUGUUGAUAAACUGUUUCUUACGAUGAGCCUGUUUUUUAAUAAACAAUAAAAACAGCC